AUGGCCCUCUGGGAGCAUUUGUACCAUGCUGCCGAAAUCCACCACGCAGACGACAAGGCAUACGUCUUUGUAGAGGGGCCAAUCCUCCUGCCCGCUAGUCGCCCCGGGCGAGAUCGGCUAGACUUUGUGCAUCUCGAGUGCUCGGAGAAGGAGACGGGGCGGCGCGCGUUCAGCGACCAGCUGAUGUUGAUGUUUGGAGGCAGCUGUAGUUCGCCUUCUUCCUGCGUGUGUGGGACUUCUGCACGGACCUUGAGGAGAUCAUCACUCCGUAUCUGGCGAGACUGCCGCGGGGUGGACUCGUUUCGCUGGGACGAAAGACGAGAUGCUGCAGCUUGUGGCGCUGAGACGGGAUCAGUCUUACAGCUGGAUAAUGAUGCGCCUUGGUGCGAGAUUGGUGAGCAUGGGCUGGUCAUGCCGUUACUGGCUCGUGAGGUCGUUUCUGCCAGCGUGGCAACAUGGUGA